CAUCAGAGAACAGCGGUCGCGCCGGGGAAGGGAGCGCGUGACUAAUUUUUCUUACCCAAAAGGUCCGAGAGACUUUGCAAAUCCCUAUAUAAUAACGCAGUUGGGUCCUAGGAUAUGGCUUUGGUCGACCUGCGGGCGGCUUUGGAGAGCCUGCUCGGGCCUGCAAGAGCUGGCAGGUUCACCGACGCAGACCUGAACCUGCUAUUGGAGGGUGGCUACGCUACGCAAGAUGACCUGAAGGAUGCCAGCCAUACCGGCCUCCAGCGAGCCGGGCUCAAACCCGCGAGGGCGGACCAAAUUAUCCACGCGCAAGCCGCCGCAUCACAACUCCUCACCGAGGUUUCCUGCUCGAAUGUGGUGCGCCUAGUGGACGCGGACGAGACCGUCGGCUCCUGUUGCCUGGUCAGCUUCAACGGCCGGAACUUCGUGCUGGCCGCGCGCCAUUGCAUGAACCCCAAGGCCGGCCAGCGCAUCAACGUGGAGAGCUUCGCAAUCUGCGGCCACGGGCUCAGGCAUCUCGCCAGCUUCCCGCAGCACGACGUGACGGUGCUGCUGCUGGACGGCGGCGGCACAGCAGGGCUGCCUGACGUGCUGAGGAAUGCUACCCCCUUUAUGGUGGACGGUGGCAUAGGGCUGAUGCCUGGCAUAGCGGUCACGCUGAUCGGCUUUCCGCUCGCGGCAGACAAGACCGUCGUGGGCUUCCAACAGUCGGGUCUCCCCCUGGCCGCCCCGGGUCUCGUCUGCUGGCUCAGCAAGGCGGCGGACGAGGCGAUCUGUUCGUACUCAGGGGUGUUCUCCAACUGCAGCGGCGGCGCUGUGACCUUCGGCCCGCCUCACCGGUACCUGGCCGGCAUGCACACGGGCAUCACGUGGCACGAGAAGGGGACCGACCCGCGGGACAUCGCUCCAGAAGCGGGCCCGAGUGGCAGCGGCAGCGGCGCACCAGCAGCGGCUACAGCGGCCGGCGGCGAGCUGGUGGUGGAGACGGACACGUGGUCGGGUGACAGCGCCACGGGGCUGGCCGGGCAGGCAAGGGCGUGCGGUGGCAAGCGUAGCCGGCAGGAGGGCCGGGCUCGUGACUGCGACGUGCAGUACUGCCUCAACAACGUGGAGCACAAGUCGUGCAUGGGGACGUUCGUGCCCGCACACGUGCUAGUCCGGCUGCUGCACCGCUGCCAUGAGCUGCUGGCUGCAGCUGGUGACGAGGACCGGGGGCGCUGAGCGAGUAGCGCUGGCGACUGGAUGCGUGCCCAGGCUAUUAUCGUGGGCAAUCAUCGUGGGCAGGACGGUGUGGUGUGGCAUGGUGUGGUGUGGUUAUCAGGUCCAUGCUAAUUGAUUUGCAUUUGUUGCCUAGCAUAUUUGCCGUACGCAACUGUACAGCAGGGGGCUCGAAAUGGUAGGCUGCCCUUUCCCAUGUCCGCAAUGGUUGCACGUGAGGAUGGUUGCAGAAUGCUGUGUCAGGUUACGCCAUAAGGACUAGCGCAGUCCGGUGCACUUGUGAUUUGCCGUGCACAAGCAACACAGCGACUGCGCGCACAAGCAUGAGCACUUCAACCGCUUAACGCAGUUGGUGACGAAUUGUGCACCAUGGUCAUGUAGUGCUUGAGGCAGGCGUGCGGCCGGUGCGGGGGCGCAGGUUGUAAUUGUCAUGGAUACCGAUUUGGUCGUUUGCAGCACCUGGGGCCUGGCACGGAGGUCUGUGCGUGUUGAGUAACAUGUGGUCGGGCCGUGGGUGGCGAUCCUGGGGGAGUGCUGCAACCGAGGACAGAGUGAGGCAUUGCCCUACAGUGUACCCAGACAGUGUAUCCAGACGGCCAGACGCUUACUCCUUUGCGGUGGGGGGGCGGGCCUGUUACCGCUGGUGCCGCAUGUGAAAGCGCGGCAAGCCGGCCUCACGGUACGGUGUGUGUUGGGUGUGUGUGGUCUGCUGCCGUACGUGCCCCCGUGGACCCGGGUCGCGGCGGUGUGGCUGCGCCAGGUGCACCCGGCGGCAACGCCCCUGCGCUAGCUGGUGCGGGGGACCGCGGACCGUGUGCUAAAUAAGCCGCUCACCCCGGCGUGCAAGCCGUUUGCGCGUCUGCUGAAAGCCAUGACUAAGUUGCCCCCGGUGACUCUUGUGGCGCCGCCCGAGCCGGGCGCGUGGGUGAGUCAUGUGCCGUUGUGGGCUAACCCGGCGCUGUGUGAGGACGGCCGCACGUGGGAAGUGGCUUUCGCGGAUUUGUUCGCUCUGCCGGGACUGGCGUGUGUGGGCCAGCUGGUUGCAGCGCAUGACGGCCUGAACGAAUUGCGGCAGGCAUGUACACGCCCUUGGGCGUGGGGCUCCCGGUUUGGUGAAGCGUGUGUAUGUAUGUGACUGCUGUGUGGCGGCGGGUGCUGCACUGGAGUACGCGGGCGCGCCUGCCGUCGCCCCUGCCGGGGCCGGCGUCGCCUCAAGAGGCGGCCGACCGGUUUGCGGCGGCGGUGGCCCUUCUCCCCGCUGGCUGGGCUGCCGCCGCGCGUGCCGCCCAGCUGGCUCGGGGGCGUGCCGCCACGCUGCCGCUCCCGGCGGCCGACAUCGUGAGUGCUACGGCGGAGUCGGUGCAACAGAUGGAUGGUUGCAGUGCGGGGGGCCGCCCAUCCUGCUCACUGCCUACACGGUGAAGGCGGGGACCGUGCUACAAAUGGCUGCACAGUUAGCCGCCCUGAAGGCUAAGCAUUUGCAAUAUGUGUGCGACGCGGGUGUGUCGGGGGAGGAGGCUGCCCUUGCGGCGGGGGCCUUCGUGUGCACCUUGGCCCGCUUGUGGUCGCUGAAAUGGGAGAAUCAUCAUAAGGAAGCACUGUGGCGUGUGGCUGCCAACGCUUGCUGGGCGUUUCCACGGCAUGCUAGCGAGCGUGCGCGCGGCGUUGCUGUUGACCCGUGUUGGGCGUGUGGGGUUGGCAUGCAGGAUGGAGACCGGCGUCACUGGUUUUGGGACUGCGGGAAAACAUGGGGAUGGCUAUGGAUUUCAUGCCAGAGGAUGCUCUAAGUGCCUUCGCUCGUGAGGAGUUGUGGUUAGUGCGCCCGCCUGCGAGACUCGUGCCACCUUUGUGGGAUGUGGUGUGUCUCGCUGCUAUGUCUGCCCUGGACUUUGGUCGGCAGCGUAUGGUUAUGGCCGGGCUGGCGGCGCGAGCGAAGCUGCCGUCGGCCCGGGUGCUGAGCAUUGGACUUGCCGUCGUAGCUGACUUCUGGGGUCGUCUCCAGACGUUUGUGACUGAGGAUAUCAGGCCAAUUUUGCCCUGGUUAGUGCUGUGCGUGUGUGCUGCGGCCUGGACGAUUCCCGGCACUCCUGUGCCUAGGCUUGUGGCGUUGAGGCACAGCGGUGGGGCUCUGGCGGGUUGAGGCUUGGCUAGGACUCACUGUGCGCGGAGUCACACGGACUUUGACCGCGGGAGGGUUUGCAGCAAAGUCGGGGUUGGUGGAGUCAAGUUGGGCCCUGAUAGCAUGUGAUAGCUCGGCGUCUUCGGGUGCUGGGACUGUCCCCUCUGUAACAUCCGCAUUCU